ACAGUCCUACCUACACACAUUGCAGAGGCCAUCACUGGACUCAGCAUAGUAGCUCGCGUCUCGCUACGAGCUACGGCCUUCUUCCUGGAGGUCAUCCUCGAGGCUACCAAGUUCGGCACAGGAAUCGGCAUGGGCCUCACGCGACGAGCACUCAUCGGCGCCAUUGGCGCAGCCAGGACCAUGCAUGCACUUACGCCUGGCUCGGACGACGACAAGCUCCUCGGCCCAGCCGAUGGACUCAACUCUGCCCUCCUCUCCAUUCUGGACCGCUACACGGCUGCGGGCAUCUACGUCGUUCACCACACCCUCACAAUGACAGAACUCAUGGCCAUGUCUGGGCUCUGCCUCGUCCAAGAUAGUAUCAAGACGGGCGUGGCCGUAGCAGAAGAGAGUGUCCGGCUGAUAGACGGCGUCUUCGGCAGCAACGAGACGUCCCGCGCUCUUUCCAAAUUCAUCGAGCUCGUGAAACGCGAGAGUGAUCGUGGAGACGGAGGGGGCGUGGCAAUCAAUACAGUCAAGACAUUUGCCGCCAUCACUCGGGCCUUGACAACAUUCGCUGUUGUGCGGGCGGCGACGCAUCGGAGGACGGCAAAGCAGCACAAGAUGAAAGUCAUCUACGACUACCCUUCUGCCACCACCGCCACUCCGCAAGCAGAGGCAUCCUGCUCUUUCCCUCGCCGUCCCCUGAUUCACAACCUACACCGAUUUGGUCGGUUCGCCUCAGCCUGUUAUGGAGUCCACUUUCUCAACAUUCUUGGCCUCUCCCGCCCUUCCGAGCCCUACAUGUUCCGCAACACGCCCAACACGCACGCCAAUGUCUGGGCCUUUGCGCAUCACGUCGGCGUCCAUGUGCACGACGUAGCUCUUUCGAGCUACUGCGCGGACGCGGUUGGUGAGCAGGCUUUCUUCCACUCGCACCGCUUGACGCCGAUUGUCAACUUUGUGGUCGUGGAUCAUGAGAGCGAAGCGGUCGUACUUGCUUGCAGGGGAACACUGGGUUUGUCCGACGUGCUAGUAGACCUCACAUGCGACUACGAGCAGGUGACGUGCGAAGCUGGGGAGGGCUACGUGCAUGGCGGCAUUUGGGAGUCGUCAAGGCGCCUGGCGACGAACAAGGGGACGCUCAAGACUACUCUCAGGGAGUGCCUGGAGCGUAACCCUACCUACGGCCUUGUGACGGUCGGACACAGUUUGGGCGGUGGUGUUGCCGCUUUGCUCGCGAUGCAGUGGGCCACACCGUCGGAGACAACGGCCUUUGUCACCUCCGUCUCCUCGGGCCUCCCCGCCGGUCGCCCCAUCCACUCCUUUACGUACGGACCUGCUGCCGUAACGGAUGCGGACCUCUCUGCCUCGCUACGUGGUCUCGUCACAUCCAUGGUCCACGGCAACGACGUAGUCCCCUGCUUCUCCCUCGGACUGGUGCGCGAUAUGCGGGACAUCGGUGUUGUGCUAGAACAGGCCACAGGAGAAGGGGCAACGGAGAUCCUCGGGAGGACCAUCGGGCUCUACCAAAGGAGAAGGAAGGCCGAGGACAUCGCUGCUGACGAUGACGAGACUUCCGACUGGCUCUGGUCCCUCAUCAAGACGAUGCGCGCCCAUGCCUCGAACGACAAGCUUUAUCCUCCGGGCGAGGUGUAUGUGGCAGAGACCACGACGGCACAUCGCGUCAUCCUCCGCAGCUGCCCUAAGGUGCAGGAGCGCUUCUCUGAGCCGAUCUUCUCGCGCAGUCUGUUUAGGGAUCAUUCGCCGAGCAAUUACGAG